AUGACGAGUGGAAGUUAUAAAGUAGGAUUCAGACUAAAAGGAUCAGAUAAGGACACCAUGUUCUGGCCAAACAACCACCGAGUGAUCAUGGACAUGUCUCAGUCUGAGUAUUACAACACAGCCAAUACAACUUUGAUUCUCUCUGACAUCUCUGAGAGUCCACCAGGAUUUACUCUACUUCAGUUACUGACACCAUCAAGAGUUAGAGAGGUCCAAUCAGCAUGUGUCAUAAUGAAUGACAAAGUCUUUAUAUCUAGUUCAACAUUCAUACAGUUAGCUUGUUCGGUGGGUUUCUGGGUCUGCUUUAAACUCCUCCUUAAAUGGGUGUAUGAGGGGAUCUGUCCUAACUUUUUCAUUCCACAAAACAACAUGUUUGUGUCGAAAGUCCAUGGCUCAGCACAAAACAGAUUGUUCCUACAGUUACAUGAAUUGUACAAAAAAGGUCUGGCCUGUCUGUUACAGAGUCCUUCUAUCAGGACCUACAUCAUUGAUGUCCUGUACAACCCCAGGCUUACUAUUUGUACCGAUGAGAAACUCAUCGCGCCUGAAAAGUACCAAAACAUCAAACUACAGAAACUUACAGCCAACAUGUUUCAGCAUAUGGCUUUCAUUCUAAAGAACAUGCAAACUAAUACAAGUGGCAACAAAGAAAUAUAUGUUGCUGACAAAAAUUCUUGUGACAUUCUAAAAUUAGCAGCUAAAUUUGGUUUUGUUUCUGACCUUUUGUAUAUUGCCAUGUUUUAUUACAAGACAGUCAGAUACAUGGAAGCUUUAUCUGUUAUAGAGAUGACAAAGGUCAAGUUAGCACAGCCAUAUCUGAUGUAUGGGGGACCUGUAGACAGAGAGAGGUAUACUGAGGCUGUAGGGGGACAGUCCUGGUCCACAAAGAUGAGACAGGCUGUAGCAUUUGAUAUUAGACUUGACACCAAAAUCUGUUUUAUCAGUGAACUUAUACCAGAACAACAGUCUGCUCUACAGAUAGGUUAUAUUACAUUAUCCAUCCCAAUGUUCGCAAUGUUACACUUCUUAGAGUUCUUGUGUUACAGACACAUUGAUGGAACAUUAUCACAAGCAGCUCUAGAUGAUCUCCACCAUGUUCAGGGGCGGUAUGUAAAUGGGGGCGGAGCCAUCUACUGGGAGAUCCUAGGUAUCUGUCAGCAGAUCACAGGGAAUCUCCAGGCUGCUCUAUACUCAUACCAACAGUCCCUCUCACUUUCACACUAUCCAUUCAACAGCAUACGAACCGCUACACAGAGAAGAAUACAAGAUGUAGUAGAGGCAAUAAAUGAGUUAUAUAAUCAUUAA